AAAACAUCACUGUGUCAGUUCGACUACAAACAUCGACCGGGAUCUAACCAAUAAUCGACAGGACAUUUGCUCGUGCUUUCUAAAGACUACUUACCUUUGUCAGUGCGUGAGCGCGCGCUCGUGGAGUUUCUCCUCAAACAGGUUGGACCAGGACACACCUGCAGGGAGGACAAGAAGAAAGCUUUGUGUGUGGAUCGACAGGACUCCAUCUUUGAGCUCAGAGGAAGACGGACGGUUCAGAGGAGCAUCAGAAGGAAACUUUUUGAAUUUAAACAAAGUCAUGAAUAUGUGGAUUGCGCUCGUGCUGGCGACGCUCGCGGUGGGAGCUUCUGCGCAAGACUGCUCAUGUGGGACCAUGAAGUGGGCCACCUGUGAAGAUAAGCCUCAAUGUGCCUGUCACCUCUUGGUCGGCAACAACGACAAAGCAAUGCUGAAAUGUAACGACUUGAUCCCAAAGUGCUUCCUCAUGAAGGCUGAGAUGUACCGAGCCAGUAAAGGUCUGGACACCCGUACGAUCGGAGGGAAGCAGACGGAGGACGCCUUUGUGGACAACGACGGCAUCUACGACCCAGACUGCGAGACCGACGGCAAGUUCAGGGCCAAGCAGUGCAACAACACCGAGGAGUGUUGGUGUGUGAACAGCGCCGGUGUCCGCAGAACCGACAAGGGAGACAAGAACCUGGUGUGUGAAAAGCUGGUGGAGACAUACUGGGUUCGCCUUCAGCUCAAACACAAAGAGGUGACUGGAGAAAUGGACGCCAACAAGCUGAAGGCCGCCAUCACCGAUGCCAUCAACAAACGUUAUAAGAACUUUGACAAGAGCAUGGUGGACAGCGUUGAUUACGACAAGGCCAGCCGCACCAUUGUUGUGGAUGUGAAGAAGCCAAAGGGAGACCGCCAGACUAAUCUGGCUAACAUGGCCUACUACAUGGAGAAAGACGUGAAGGUGCUGCCCCUCUUCAAGGACCAGGGUAAGUUUGAGCCGAUGGUGGACAACAAGAAGCUGGAGAUGGAGAACAUCCUGGUGUACUAUGUGGACGAGGAGGCGCCCACCUUCACCAUGAAGAACCUGUCGGGUGGAAUCAUCGCCGUCAUCGUGGUGGUGAUUCUGGCUGUGCUCGCCGGCCUGGCCGUGCUGUUCUUCGCUAGAAGGCGUCAGAAUCAGCGCUACAACAAAGCCCAGCAAAGAGAGAUGGAGGCCAUGUGAAGUUUUUAUCGCUGCUGGAGGAUCUGGAGAUCCAGCUCGCUCUUCACCUGUUUUAAGACGAACUCUUUAUGCAAUGGGACGGUGCCAUUUUCACCAUUUUACUUGAGGAAUGCAGAUUGUAAAGGAACAAUUAACCGGCUUUUAUUUGUUUUUGUUUUUUAAUGUUGUCGGCACUACUGGAUCAACCGUUUAUUUAUGAGAUGUGUAAAGUCUUAGUCCAUCGUCCAAUCUGUUUGCCAUGAACUGUGCUUAUAAAAACAUGCCGCAUUUUUAUGUUGAGUUCAAAUUCCAUGUCAUAGAUUGUACAGUUUCUUUCUUACUAAUGUGUGUUUGUUGGAUUGUUUUUAAUAAAGAACCUGUUUUAAAAGAC